AUGUCAGGUGCCUUGAGUAUCAAUACCACACCGUCCUUCAUUCUGUGGAGGAUGCCAACCACGGUCUUCAAGGGUCUGUAUCAUCUAACCCCUAGGAACAUCGUUGCACAACUCAAACCCAUGUACGAGCGGAAUGAAGAGUCAGCACACAGCGGAAGAAUAUUAUACCCGAUGGUGCCGUUUGACGAGGCAUAA